AUGAAGUCCUUCACAGCCACCGUCUUCGCCGCAGCGACCUUCCUCACAACCGCCCUGGGUGAUGCAGUACCAUGGGAGCGCCUCAAUAAGAACGACUCGAUGCUGCUUAUCCUCGACUUGCAGGUUGGUCUCUACGGCCUCGCUCGCGACUUUGACCCAAACGUCUACCACAAUGCGAUGAUGGCUCAUUCGGCUCUGGGCCAGCUGUUUGACAUUCCUGUGGUCAUGACCACGUCUGCUCAGGAGGGGCCGAAUGGCGUGUUGCCGAAGGCGAUUUUGGAUAUGUACCCAGAUGCGCCACUCAUCCAACGCCACGGCGAAGUCGAUGCCUGGGACAACGAGGAGUUCCGCGAAGCUGUGAAAUCGACGGGCAAGAAGCAGAUCAUCGUCGGCGGUCUCGUCACAGACGUCUGCACGGCUUUUCUCGCCCUCUCCCUCCGCGCCGAAGGCUACUCCGUCUGGGCCAACGUCGAGGCCUCGGGCACGACGACCGAGCUCAUCCGCAACACGGCCAACGACCAGAUGGCGCGCGCCGGCGUCAACAUCGUCAGCCUGUUCGCCAUUGUCUGCGAUCUGAUGCGCGAUUGGAGACACACGCCGGGUGCGCAGACGGUGCUGCCGUGGUUGGCGAAGUAUUAUCCGGCGUAUGGGAUGAUUGCUGAGGCGCAUAAUGGGGCGAUCAAGGGGCAGGGGGAGAGUGUGAUGCCGGGGGAGGCGGUGUUGAAGACGCAAGUGUAG